AUGCGCGAUGGUCUGAUCGGCGCCCUGUUCCUGCUUGCGAUGGCAUGCUACGGGACUGGGUCCGGCAUUGCUGAGUCCGCUGUUGUCCACGGCAGCGUCGAUCGUCAUGCGAUGGCCUUUGGUGCCCUCCUGAUGCUUGGAAACUCAGUAUGCGUUGCGGUCAUCGGGGUGCUGAUGUAUCCCAUAUUGCACGAGUAUGAUGAGAACGUUGCUUUGGGAUAUGUUGUGGUGCGAUGCUUCGAGGGGAUAUUGCUGAUCGUCGGCAUCGUCAGCUUGCUAUCGCAGCAGGCGCUCACAGAAGUGGCGAGUGACCCGACAGCUGUAUUAUUUGCAGUCCUGCAGAAAGCGAACUUCUUUGCUUACCAGAUGGCUAUGUGCAUCCUUGGUUUUGGCAGCGUGCCUGUCUGUUACACACUAUUGCGUUCGGGGCUAUUGCCUGCCUGGCUCAGCCUUUGGGGUCUCGUUGGAUAUGCAGUGUUUGCGGUGGGCACGAUAGCAGAAAUCUUUGGCUUCUCAAUCGGAGUCAUGCUGUCAGUGCCAGGUGGCUUAUUUGAAGUCAUCCUGCCGAUCUGGCUCUUCACCAAAGGCUUCGCUCGAGAUGAAGGGUCGAAGUGGUGGAAUGCCGGCGAAGAACGCGGCGAAUAA